AUGUCUCCUCUGGCCUCGGUGUCUCCUCUGGCCACGGUGUCUCCUCUGGCCACGGUGGGGGUCGGGGGGUUUGUGCGUGUGCGUGUGCGCGAGCUCGUGGACGUGGUGUCUCGGUCCCGGGACCUGGGCCCUCAGUCGCGGCAGAGCGGAGCAGCGAGCGACACGCGCGGUGUUGGACCAGCCUUUGCCUGUGUGCGUGAGAAGUCCCAUCGCUGCACAUCUCAGACCGUCUCUGAUCCGGCCACGUUCAAACGGACGUGA